AAAGGAGCAUAUUGUUUUGGUAUUGGUACAACACGGACUAUGGACCGAGCUAGCUUGCCAAGGCGAAGCGAGCAAAUGUCAAUUUAUUUACAGUAGAAAGUAAAAGGCGAUGGGUGUGUGCUUUGUGUUUAGUAUGUUUAGUUAAGGCAAAAAAAAAAAUAUUUCGUAGUGUAAAUAAUAUCCAUACCUAUUAUGGAACAUUAGUUAAUGUGUAGAAGUAUUCAUUAAUAUACUGUAAAUAUUUAUACAACAUAUUGUUUCCGUAAACGAAGGUUGUUAUGUAUGUAUAUGCAAAACUAAUUACACUAUGAUAAAACAUUAAGUGCUAUUAAGUGAUCCGCUAGAGCCGUAAUGAAAACAUUAAAUCUCUGAACGCCUGACGAAAAUAUCAACAAUGGCUAUUCUGGGAAACCCCAUAGCGCGUAAACAUGACCAGAGUCUGUGAGCGCGUUCGAGAUUCAAACAUUCGCGAUGGCUUCGCCAUGCCAGAAGGGCGGGAUGCGGCUGAGCGAGGCUCUCGACAACAUGCAGCUAGCUUACAACCCCAUCACUAAGCAGCUGCAUUUCGUGAGCCCUAAAGUGGAGAAACCUUCGGAAGACACUUCAGACGACCUUGAUAAGUUGUCUAAGAAGAGUAGUUUCAGUGAUGAAGGGAACUUCUCGAUAUCAACAUGUGAGAAAAGUGACACCAGUGAUUCUCCAAAGAGUACUUUGAACUGGGGAGGGAGUGUGAGUGGUCAUAAGAGAGGCAAAGAUGGAGGUUCCUUUUCGAGCACAGUGUCGAGUCUUUCUGAGUGUUCUUUGGGAUCUAGUGCUUCUAAGGAGGAUAUUGGUGAAGUGACAUCGGAGCAGGAGCAGGCGAAGCUGAAGAAGAAAGGAUUGUCUGGAUUUUUCAGCCGAGGCGUAUUCCCAUGGAAGAGCAGCUCAUCCUCCAAAACCAGUACCUCUCCAACAUCUACCCCAACCUGGCGUCUCUUCGGCAGCCGCUCCAGCGGGAACCUACCGCGGGAGCCAGCACCAGCGCCGCCCGCACCCGCCACCCCGCACCAUCAUCGCCGGCAGGGGAGCUCGGCUAGUGACAAGCAGUUUGAGGACCUCGUGGCUAGCUCUAUAGCCCUCAUACAGCAUGACAGACCGUCAAACCUGCCAGCGAAGACAACAGAAGAGGCGCUCAGGCAUAAGGCAGAGCACGCGCGGAUACUGGAAGCGGCGCGGCGGCGCGUCGAGCGAGAGUCGGCGGCCAGGCUGGCGCGGCUGCAAGAGUCGCUGCGGCAGGAGGAGCGGCUAGCGCGGCAUGCCCGCGAGUGGCAGGCCAUCCUGCCCGACUGGCCCGCGCAAAAAAACGCAAAGCGCACCCAGGAGCUAUGGUGGAGCGGCCUCCCCCCCUCCAUCCGCGGCAAGGUCUGGCAGCUGGCCAUCGAGAACAAGCUCCACAUCACCCACCACCACUACCGCGAGUUCGUCGAAAAGGCCAAACAACGGCUACACGAAGCACAACUAAGGAGAAAACGGUUGAAGAUCCACAGAGAAUCAGAGAAAAAGACUGAAGAUAAGGACCGCUUAGGGCUGCCAAGGAACUUUAGCGAGCAGAAUUUAAAAUGUCACAGUGAUACGACUCCUAAGUGCUGUUCGAAAUCUAAUCCAGACCUGAUUGAGAGGAGUGAUGAGUGUUCCAUGGAGUUGAUAGAGCUGGAUAUAGCGCGGACGUUUCCACAGUUGUGUAUAUUUCAACCGGGUGGGCCGUAUUUUACGGUGCUACAUGAGCUGCUGGCGGCUUAUGUGUGCUAUCGUCCCGACGUUGGUUAUGUACAGGGUAUGUCGUUUAUCGCGGCUGUGCUGAUCUUAAACAUGGAAGCGCCUUGUGCGUUCGUUUGCUUCGCUAAUCUGCUGGAGCAACCCGUGCUCCGGGCAGCUUUUACCCGCGACGGCAACACUAUGCAGCGCUUCUGGCGAGCGUACACCCGCCUCCUCAGGCACAACCUGCCGUCGCUAGCGGACAUGCUGGCGCCGGAGCUGUACCUGCUGGAGUGGCUGUACACGGCGUUCGCCAAGGCCAUGCCGCUGGACGCCGCGUGCCGCGUGUGGGACGUGUUCCACCGCGACGGCGGCGCCUUCCUCUUCAACACGGCGCUAGGAAUCCUCCACUUAUACCAAGACGAGCUCCGAGACAUGGACUUCAUCUCGGCCGCACAGUUCCUCACCAAACUCCCCGAUGACCUUGACUCCGAAGCCUUAUUCCGCAGCAUCAGCUCCGUCAGUAUGACCCUGGAUGGCAUGACGUUUGAGGAGCUGGUGUUGAGCGAGGAGUGUGAGGAUGAUGACGUGAGGUUAUGAUGACGGGUCGCUGAGCUGUUCGAGGCGUUUGUGGCAAAGGUCGGUUUAUAACCUUACAGUCUGCUAAUCAUAUUCGACAGUAGCAAUCCGAAUGCCAGACAAUACCAAUGCCAGAGUGUGUAAUCAAAGAGUUAGUGAUUGUAAUAUUGAGGUGAAAAUACCCCCGUAGUUUGAUAACCGAAACAGAUGGCGCUGCACUGUGCCAUAUUAUGUUUUAUGGGGGUCUCUAUUGUUUCCCAAAAAGUUUUAAGUCAUAAUGUAUUGUUUGUCCGCAUUUUCGUUAGUCAUAAUUUGUUUUCUCAGAAACGCAUAUGUUUUCAGUAUUGCCAUAAAACAAACCUAACCUAACUUAAUCUAUCUAUAGGAUAACCUUACGAAAAUCCUGAAAAGUUAACCGUCUCAGAAUUAUGACUAAUGAUAAUAUGACAAACAAUACAUAUAUGACUUAAAACUUUAUGUCAAACAAAGGGACCCCGUUUUAUGGUCACUGAAUAGUCAAAUUAAGACGGCCAAAAUUACCGCUAAGACGGAGACAUACAGCGCCUUCUCAUUUACCUAUCAAAUUCGAACAAAGACAUUUUAUUACGCGUGGAAUUAGGUUUCUUAAGCGUGGUGGGGCAGAUCGAUACAUAAUAGGCCAAUUCGAGUUUUAGUUCUUCGAUCUGUCUACGAUAUGAUACAUCUGUCAGUGUUAAAUGUGACGUUUUUGGUUGAAUAAAUGUCACUUUUGACACUGACAGAUCAGUAUAAUAUCGGAAACAGAUAGAAUAACUAAAACUCGAAUUGGCCUAUUAAAAGACAAUUAUUAUAACACUCGUUCGUCAAAAGGUGGCAACGAAUAAUGUAUGAACAUUGUUAUGUUAUGUCAGUUAUGUGUCUAAAAAUAUUAGAUAAACUUGGUCAAGCAGAUCUUGUCAGUAGAAAAAGGCGGCAAAUUUGAAAAAUGUAGGCGCGAAGGGAUAUCGUCUCAUAGAAAAUUUCAAUUUCGCGCCUUUUUCUACUGACAAGAUUUGCUUGACCAUCUAUUAUAUUCCUAACUUAUGAUAUGAUACUCUAAUCUAAAGGGUAAUAAUACUUCGAAUCUCAGAAUUUACUAUGAAAUUAUUCCCAGAAUAGAUCACAGAGAAUAAUUUUUAUGCCCAUCUUUGAUGCGCUAAAAUUGUUUUCUUAUAAAUUUUACUUCAGUUGCGUAAAUAUAAUUAUUUAUAACUAUUUUGUAUUAGUCAUAAGUAUCACUUGUUUUAUAACGGCCAACCAUACAUUAUCCCUAAACUAUUUCUGUUAUGAUUAUUAUUACGAAACAAUCAUUGAAUUAUUGAAAUUAAAUGUGACAUUAUCAAGCAAAAGGUACCUUAGAUGGAUGUAGAUAAAGGCGA